GUUACUCCAGGAGGUCUAUAUAAUGAAAGAAGACAUCGCAGAAAUAAAAGAAAACGUUGUACUAAUAGAUCCAAGAAUGAUAACCGCAGCGAAGGUUUACACAUUGUUAACAGGAAAGUUAUUGAUGGAAAAAAAAACUUUAUUGAAACGUUGGAUAAUCUGGAUAUACUGGAGAGUGCUUUAGAAGAUACUGAAUAUUUCCAAAAAGUUGGUACAGCUCUUUGUCAAAUUGGUGGAGACAACGUAAAAAGUAUUACACGAAAUGUCCUGUUUGAAAUCCUGUCAAACAAAAUUGCGGCAGGCUUCAGUUGGGCGGGAGUCAGAGGGAAGAAGAGUUUCAAAGAUUUACAUAUAACCAAACUAGUUCGAGUUGUGGUGCAGAGCCAGCGAAUCAAUACGUCAGAAACGGAAAUUGACAAUGUUAUUGGGAAGUGGUUGGUCCAAGCCCCGUUACGAUGCAAGAGAGAAAUAACGAAGAUCAACAAACCAGUGAAUUCAAAAGACAACAGUGACGAUAAAAAUUCUGAUCUUUAGCAUUCUGAUGAAAUCUUAUUCAUCAAUGAUUUGAUACCGUAUUCAGAGUUAAAUAGAAAGUUAUAGUUAAAAAAAACAUAGUUUAUUUUUUUGUUGUAAUCUAAUAAAAUUAU